AUGACCACCGUUGUCGCCAAUCCCCCGGCCCCUGCCCAGCAUGCGGCACCGGCGCCCACUGACGGCGUCGGCUCCUCGAGGACAUAUGCUCCCAUCGCGCCCUCGACUCUCUCUCCCCACCAAGUGACGCCCAAGUCUCGCUCUCAGCUGCCACCUCAGGAUGCUUCACCUACCUCCUCCAGUCCAGGUGCACACCACAGAGCCGAGACCAAGCCCUCACCUUUUUCGUCUCGCGGCCCAGCCCCCAAGAUCGUCGUCAAGAAGGAGCCCACGUCGCCAGACAUGCCUGCCACCACCCGGCACCGCCCCCAGCGCCUCAACCUAGCCAACCACAACAUCGUGCACUCCUCCGGUGCCCUCACCGCUCGGCCCUCGGGCCAGGGCAGCGCCAACCUGCACGAUGUCGGCAUGGCCUGCCUCUCGCCCGGCUUCCACACCCAGGACCCCGGCAUGCGCGAGCAGCUGCAAAGGAGCUUGGAUGUAAGAGAGCGUCAAAGGCAGAUCAUCGAAGCGCGCCAGAAGGGCGGCAAGGGCGGACCACCCCAGAUGGAAGACACCAGGAACACCGAGAUUGGUGCCUUUGGACGCACAAUCAAGACUCCUUCCACCUCCCGCCGGAAGGGGCCACCACCGGGUCUCUCCAUCGCGCCUCCCUCGCAUGAGACUUUCUCGAGCGACCGUGUAAUCCAGUCGGCGCCGAUAAACCAAACCUUCACGGGUCUUCGCGGCAACGCACCUCCCUCGCGACAGCUGGCCAAUGGCCCAUCCAACCUGUCGCAAUCAUCACACAUCCACCACGUCCCCGCACAGCAGACCAGCAACCGGUUACCGCCCAUCUCAGACGUCUUUCCAGAGCCCCUCGGAACAGCGCGCAACCCCUACCACCAUGGCAGCCCCGGACACUCAUCGCAUUCCAACGUGCAGCCCCCAAUGCCCUCACCGAGCUUUCCGCCCCCACAAUUUACACAGCCGCCCCCAACCUCAAGGCCCCGCGAGUACAAGUCCGCAGAGGAGGCUGUUCAACAACUAUCCGGGGGCCGCGAAGAUCUCCUGCCCCGUCUAGUCCACUACGGCGGCCACCAGCCCCCAACACCCCCGUCACCAAUGCCCAAGAACGGACAAUCAGCCUACCCAUCGCGGCCUGAUCUGCACCGCAGUGGCAGUUCACGGAGACGCGGCCGCGACGAAUACGAACAAGACAACGGUACCCCGCCGCUGGGUCGCCAACAACCUCGUCUCGGCCCCUUCGGAGCCGGACGGGACUCACCAGAAACUCAACUCAAGAAGAAGGAAGAAUUCAUUGGACUGUGCGCAAGAGCUUGGGAUCUAUUUCACUCAUGA